AUGAUUGUUGCUCCGGGAGCAUGUCGAAGACUCAAACCACCGUAUCCAUACGGAUCAAUUUCGAUUUCAUUUGGAGAGACAUUGUUCAACAUAAGAACUGACAAUUUCAUACUCGGAUUGACUUUUCUCGCUCCAUUGGCUAUUCUCUUUCUUAAUAUUUUGUUGGUUUUCAAAGUUCGAAGAAUUUUAUUUGAACGAAAAAUGAAUUCGAGUAAGAAGCAGAGAAAAUCACAUAUAUCUCUGACACUGACGACACUCGCAAUUAUGAUUCAACAUCUUGCGUCGGGAGCAAAAACGGUCAUUGGGAUCGUUCGUCCAGAACUAGUUCCGUAUGCUCUGAUCAUCAGACACCGUUUGAUUGAUCUCGGAAUGAUUUCAGUUCCAUGGAUUUUUUAUAUUUCUCAUCCAAUGUUUCAUGAAAAGACAGCGAGAGUUUCUUCAUUCACAUAG